UCAGUGGUUGGAGAGUCAAGCUCGGAAUUGGGACUACCUGAAUUCAAAUCUGUGGGGAAAAAAAUUCUAGUUUUUGCUCAGUGAGUAUUGAUAACUAGGAAAUACUUGAUUCAUUAAUAACAAAACUUAAUAAUAGCCAUAAUGAAGGAAAAUUAUGUACUUAGAAUCAUAAAGGUUAGGGCCUCAUUAAGUAAUUGAUAAUAAAUAAAUAAACGUAAAUUUUAGGACUUCCUGUAACCACAGAUAUGAAGAAGGCGGGGAGGGAAAGUGAGCAUCAUGAUAGGGCCUUGGAAUUUAGGGACUGAAGAGAUUUAAGAGAUUUAAGAGAUAACUCGCACUGGGCCGAGGGAGAAGUUUCAAGUGAUUCCAAACAAAAGUUCUGAAUCUUUUGCUAGAGGUGGCAUCCACCCUAUGUGGCAUUGGGUAGCAGUCAUAGGUAAGGUCCUCUUACAGAUAGUAUCGCCUCCCUCAAAGCCCCGCCCAUCAUCCCAAAGCCCCGCCCAUUAUCCCCAAAGUCCUACCUACUCUUUUAACGAAUACUCCUGGUUCCCUCCCUCCUACUCAGCGGUUGAGAAAACAUGGAGAAAUAGGCAUUAAGGAUCUGGAGUGGUUUGCAAAACGGUUUGGUGCGGACUGGGUAGAUAAAAAUUGCGGAUUACUACAGAGGAGAGAUACCUUAGGGGGAGGUAGCGCCUCUCCAUUAAAUCCACUGCCAUUGCAGAAAAUUCGAAGUACCAACAAAAAAGCCUGGUGACUGGGCUCUGCCCGGUAGAGGAGGGGAAGUUUUUUAUUGUUUUAUUUUGGCAAAUCUGGGGAAAUCUGAAUGGAAGAGAGAGAGAGUGGUCUCCAAUUGCUUUUGAGCCUUUGCAUUAGAGCUCAGAUUUUAACAGCUCUAUCUGAAGUGAUUUCCAGCUGGCAAACUAUUGCACACUCGGGUCACUGUAUCUGUUUCUUUUUUUUUUCUUUCUUUCUUUCUUUCUUUCUUACUUUUUUUUUUUUUUUUUUUUUUGCUUAACCGUUUUGUUUCAAGUGAGAAUUCCCUUCCAAGGUGGGGGAAGGGAGCGGUGGGAGGCAGAAUAGACUCUAUAAAGACAAAAGGCGCCCAUAUCAAGUAUUAACAAUAAACUAUCUUAAAAGUUACCAAGUUUUUGUUUUUUAGGUUUAAAUAAUACCCCUGUUUCUUUCUCUUGGGAUCCAGUUCAGCUUUUCUCAGCAACUUCAGAAUGUAGUCGGCCACACGCCCUCCCCUCCCCCCCAAAACAAAACCGUCCAACUUUGGGAGUUUGUCAAAGUCUCUCAGAUCUUCCUGAGGAGAAGCCUCUGCGGACGCCUAGGAAGGGCCCAGCUGAACUUGAGCAGCUCCUCUAACAAUUAAUUAUCCACCCUUCUCCCCCAUCUCCCCAGAGUUCAGGCACGGGGCAAAUCUUGGCAUGAAGCCCUCUUGGCUGCAGUGUCGGAAGGUCACGGGCGCAGGGGGGCUCGGGGCUCCCCUGCAGGGCUCAGCCGCGGCCCGGGGAGCAGCUCCUGCCCGCCGGGCUUACCUGGCUCCCGGAGCUUGGGACAGUCUCGGAAUCGGUGGGGGCCGCCGCUCUCUGUCUUCAGGCAGCGGCAGCAGCGGGGUUGUCAGCGAAUAUAAGACGCACUUCGCGGCCUCCGUGUCCGACCCCGAGAGGUUCUGGGGGAAAGCCGCGGAGCAGAUCAGCUGGUACAAGCCCUGGACCAAAACGCUGGAGAACAGCCACCCACCAGCUACAAGUUGGUUUGUGGAAGGGAUGCUUAAUAUUUGUUACAAUGCUCUUGACCGCCAUAUUGAAAAUGGACAAGGAGACAAGAUUGCCAUCAUCUAUGAUAGUCCUGUAACAAACACAAAAGCCACUUUUACCUAUAAAGAAGUUUUGGAACAGGUCUCCAAGCUGGCUGGUGUCUUGGUGAAGCAUGAUGUGCACAAGGGGGAUACAGUGGUGAUCUAUAUGCCCAUGAUCCCCCAGGCCAUGUUCACCAUGCUGGCUUGUGCACGGAUAGGAGCCAUCCACAGCCUCAUCUUUGGGGGCUUUGCCUCAAAGGAACUCAGCAGCCGUAUUGAUCAUGCCAAGCCCAAAGUGGUUGUGACAGCAUCCUUUGGAAUAGAGCCUGGGAGGAGAGUAGAAUAUAUACCACUGUUAGAAGAAGCCCUGAGGAUGGGAGAACACAAGCCAAGAAGAGUUCUCAUCUAUAAUCGGCCUAACAUGGGUGUGGUCAGACCUACUGGUGGAUAUGCAGUAAUGCUGAAUUGGACCAUGUCUUCCAUAUAUGGACUGAAACCAGGAGAGGUUUGGUGGGCAGCUUCUGACUUAGGCUGGGUCGUUGGGCAUUCCUAUAUUUGUUAUGGACCUCUCUUGCAUGGGAAUACAACUGUUUUGUAUGAGGGGAAGCCCGUGGGAACACCAGAUGCUGGGGCUUACUUCCGUGUGCUCUCGGAGCAUGGAGUGGCGGCCUUGUUUACAGCACCGACUGCAAUUAGAGCCAUCCGUCAACAAGACCCUGGGGCAGCCCUGGGGAAGAAGUACUCUUUGACAAGGUUCAAAACUCUAUUUGUGGCUGGUGAACACUGUGAUGUGGAGACAUUGGAAUGGUCUAAAAGGGUUUUCAGGGUACCUGUGUUAGACCACUGGUGGCAAACAGAGACUGGAUCCCCAAUUACAGCCUCAUGUCUUGGUUUAGGAAAUUCAAAAACACCUCCUCCGGGACAAGCUGGAAAAUCUGUACCAGGAUACAAUGUUAUGAUUUUGGAUGACAACAAGCAGAAACUGAAGGCCCGCACCUUGGGAAAUAUUGUGGUAAAGUUGCCUCUUCCACCAGGAGCAUUUUCGGGCCUCUGGAAAAACCAAGAAGCAUUCAAGCAUUUGUAUUUUGAGAAGUUUCCAGGAUACUAUGAUACCAUGGAUGCUGGUUACAUGGAUGAAGAUGGCUAUUUGUAUGUAAUGUCUCGAGUUGAUGAUGUAAUCAAUGUGGCAGGUCACCGGAUUUCAGCUGGUGCCAUUGAAGAGUCGGUCCUUUCCCACGGUUCUGUAGCGGACUGCGCUGUCGUAGGGAAGGAGGAUGCUCUAAAAGGUCACGUUCCACUAGCCCUCUGUGUCCUGAGGACAGGCAUAAAUGCUCCCGAGGAGAAAGUUCUGGAAGAAAUCGUGAAGCACGUAAGAGAAAACAUCGGCCCCGUGGCAGCUUUCCGACACGCGGUUUUCGUGAAACAAUUACCCAAGACCCGCUCCGGCAAGAUCCCGCGCUCUGCGCUCUGUGCUCUCGUCAAUGGCAAGCCUUACAAGAUAACUCCCACAAUUGAGGAUCCUGGUGCCUUUCACCAUAUAGAAGAAGUCCUGAAACGGACAUCCUGACUUCUUUCCUGCUGUUCAAGUCUGCAUACCAAUGGAGAAGAAAAGUUACUUCCUCUACAGAAAUAGGUGGAGAAUUGGCAGAGUUACAAAAGCAACCUAGUUAGAAAAUAGAGGUUAAUUAUGUACAAAUUAUGGCUAAGGAGCAUAGAUGAAUGGAAGGUCUUAAUUGACUGUGCCCAUGGCUAUCAGUUACUUGUUGUCUUAGUAUUUUAAUUAGCCCUUGAGUUUUUAAUGCAUUUAUUGCUUUAUUUAAAAUAAUUCUCCUCAAUUCUAGUAUGAACCUAACGAAGUCAUAGAUUGUCAGAGCUGGAAGGAGCUUAAAUGUCAUCUUACCUUCCUGCCACCUCUCCUUUCCUCUAAUUUUGUGAUGGAACACAUGAAGCCAAAUUUAACUUUGGCCCAUUUUCUUGCCUUUUGUUCCAAUUUACCUGCCUUUGCCCCUGCCCCUAAGAAGCAAGUUAAAACUGUUAGGAGUUUGGCACAGUAAUAGAUGUGAAGACUUAGUUCACAUGACAGAAAGAGUAGGACAAUCCAGACUGCGUGGGAAGGGAACAAAAAUUAUUCCAUUAGAGUUUGCAGGACAUCAUAAUAGUGUUUGUCAUACAUAUACAGCUGGUAGAGAGACCUCAGACAUCUAUUUUCAUUCUUUUAUUUUAUUGAAUGGAAAAACUGAGUCCACAGAAGAAAGGUGACUUGCCCAAUGUCACACAGGUAGUAUUUGAAUGCAAGUCUUUGGACUCUAGAACCAGUGCCUUUUCCACCGUACCAUGGUGCUUCCAAUGCUAAAACGCCUUCCAUGGUGCUAAAAAUAAAAUGGACCAAGUGAGGCUUUAUUAGAAAGUCUAAAUAUUAGUCCAUUCAUAUCGAUCAAGAAUGGGUAACAUAAUGGAGUUUUCUGAUAAACCAAAUUUUCUGAUAAACUCAAUUUUAAACAAACAAGGAUGCAAUGAAAUGUACUUACUCCCUGUAAGCUGUGAGUAGUAAACUAUAUUGUGUACCGCUUCAUCUUUGAUGAUUCACUGGGUGCUGUAGGAUGUUUCAGUGCCUCUGGGUCAGGAGAAUGAAUUAGCACUGCUGUACGGAGCUAUAGUUUUAUUUUUAAAAAGUCAUAGAGAAUUAGACUUUGAAAUUUGCUAUUUGAAUAAACCUGUCCACUUA